CAACCGCCCCGCGCUACCAUCAUUUGGGGAGCGCAGGUGAUCUCUCUUGUUUUCUCUCGUGUGUUUACUCUCUUGGGUUCUAGGGAAUUUUGGUGGCUUCUUGCUGUGUCUUUUGUUCCAUAACACUUUUCUCUCCGUCUCUCCGUCUCUCUUGUCUCUCUUCUCUUAAACUCGUCGAAUUGGGAAAACAAAGUCAAGAUGAGCACAACGGCAACAGAAGUCAAGCCGACCAAGGCCAACAUCGGCGUCUACACCAACCCAGCGCACGAGCUAUGGGUCGCAGAAGCAGAGCCGAGUCUGGAGACGGUGCAGAAGGGCGGUGAUUUGCAGCCGGGCGAGGUAUUGCUGAAUGUGAAGAGCACGGGCAUCUGCGGGAGUGAUAUUCAUUUCUGGCAUGCGGGCUGCAUAGGCCCCAUGAUCGUAGAAGACACGCAUAUCCUCGGCCAUGAGUCGUCCGGCGUCGUAAUGGCUGUCCACUCCAGUGUCUCGUCACUGAAACCAGGCGACCGCGUAGCCAUCGAACCGAACAUCAUCUGCCACGAGUGCGAGCCUUGCUUGACAGGCCGCUACAAUGGCUGUGAACGCGUCCAGUUCCUGUCCACGCCGCCGGUCACAGGUCUCCUGCGCAGAUACUUGAAGCACCCCGCCAUGUGGUGCCACAAGAUCCCAGAUAGCAUGACAUACGAAGACGGCUCCAUGCUCGAGCCGCUCAGCGUUGCGCUCGCGGGUAUGGAUCGCGCAAAUGUGCGAUUGGGUGAUCCGGUCCUAGUCUGUGGUGCCGGGCCCAUUGGUCUCGUCACAUUACUGUGCAGUCAAGCUGCAGGCGCGACACCCAUUGUGAUAACCGAUAUUGACCAAGGGCGUCUUGACUUUGCCAAGUCCCUCGUCCCCUCCGUCUUGACCCACAAAGUCAACUUCAGCCACACACCCGAAGAUUUCCGCAACGCCAUUAUCGAAAAGAUGGGAGGCGUGGAGCCUGCCAUUGCAAUGGAGUGCACAGGUGUAGAGUCCAGCAUCUCGGGCGCGAUCCAGGCCGUCAAGUUCGGCGGCAAGGUCUUCGUCAUCGGCGUGGGCAAGAACGAGAUGAAGAUCCCCUUCAUGCGCCUUAGCACACGCGAAGUCGACCUCCAGUUCCAGUACCGGUACUGCAAUACCUGGCCCAAGGCCAUCCGGUUAGUCAAGAGCGGUGUCAUCGACCUCAGCAAGCUGGUUACGCAUAGGUUCAAACUCGAGGAUGCUGUGGAGGCGUUCAAGACGGCUGCGGAUCCCAAGACCGGAGCCAUCAAGGUGCAGAUCCAGAGUCUAGAUUAG